AGAUGCAGCCAACAAAGCAGCCGUGAAACAGAUUCCCCUUCCUCCACCAAGACACACUGGACAUGAGCGCAUGAAAGAAAGGUGGACUUUAGGGCUGGAGGGAAGGAGCCCUUCUUAUCCCCUGUUAUGUUCACAGCACAGACCCAGCAUAGUGUCCAUAGCAUUGAACGGUGACUCUGGAGACCCGGGUUCAAAUGUCCAUCCAUCCAUGGAAAGCCAUUGGGGACCAUCUUGGGAGAGCCACUCUCUCUCAGCCUCAGAGGAAGGCAAAGGCAAGCCCUCUUUCGUCUGGACAAACCUUGCGGAGAAAACCAAGUGAUGGGGCCACACUAAAUCAGGAAUGACUUGAAGGCACAUGAGAGCAACAAUCCGAUGAUGUAGCUAUGCUUCUUGGAGCUUCUUUCCAUUACCUUGCAAGUAAUUACAAACCCACGAAGAAUGUGCCACUCCUGCAAAAGUGAACAGGAAGAUCCCAAAGCCGCUCCUUCCAUGGCUGGCGCAAGCGCAGGAGGUGCCAACCCCAGAUGGAUCACCCACUCAAGGGCCACUCCGGGUUGGGAAGCAUUCGCAUUGUUCACCCUGCCCUGCCCUGUCUCUGCCAAGGGACCUCUUUGAUAAGGAGGGAGGAAGGAAGGAAGGAAGUCUGCGGUGGCACAGCUGGCUCUGCAAACACAUGGCGAUGCUCUUCUGCCAAGGGAAGCACCCAGCCCACUCCAGGCACACCUUCCGUUGGCAAAAGUCCCAAAGGGCUCUCCGGGAUCUGAUGCACCUUGAUACUGAGACCGAGGAGGACCAAGGGGAAACAUGGCUCUGGUGAAGGGACCCCACCUUGGACUGUUUUCUGCCUGGAUCUAGAUGGGAAGCUGGGCCUGAUCUCCUGGGGUCCGAAGUGGAGCCAUCUCUCUCCCCAACAGCAGCUUUAAAUGAUUAUCCCAGGCACAGAGUUUGUCUUUCCCCAGCUUCUCGGGGCUCCAGAGGUUUGGAACAUGCUGAUCCCGACUUUGGCUCCCAAAGCCAUUCCUAAUUCGUGACCACAGAAGCAAGGAUUAAGAGUCUUUCUGAAGCGCAACCGGAGUCAGGAAGGAAGCCGUCCAGCCGCAAAGGCAAGGAAUGUCCGAGGCAGCAUUUCUGCAUGAUGUCCCCUUCUGUCUCCAUGGGGCUUGGAGGCCUGUGGGUCCCAGGAGGAGCAACCCUAUAAUUGGCUGAGUUUGUGGUCUACUAAUCCAAACCAGCCUCAUCCUCAGAUCCAAAGAGGAGUUUCUUUUUACCAACCGGUCCAGAAUAGCCGUGCCUUUGAGCCGUCCUGUAUCCGAACCACAGCCCAGGAUGAAUUCUUCAGGGAUGAAACAAUGCGCGACUGUAAUGUGGGGAGAGUUUGUUGCAUGCCUAGGGAUGAAAUUACAGGGCUCUGCAUACUUCUGACAGCAUCCCGAAAGGCUCCCUUGGCACAGAAGUGGGCUUGGGUUGGGCUCCCUUCCCUCCGGCCGAUCCGGGAGGAUGCUCCCCGCUUCCCCUUCCUCCGUUUUGGGGCCAGGAUCCCUGAUCCGCUCCCAAAAGGCUCCAGGAAGGAAGGAAGGGGCCCUGCUUCACAGAGUGGCAGCUCAUUGCCUCUGUUUGUUAUCAUUGUUAUCACUUUAUUAUUGUUACUCCUAAAUGGGAUUUUAUUCUGUAUUGUAUAUUUUACACUUACAUUGUAAUCCGCCUCAAUCCAAACCAGAAAGGCGGGAUAUAAAUAAUAAUAAUAAUAAUAAUAAUAAUAAUAAUAAUAAUAGAUUAGAUAUCUUAAGAUUUCUUGACUGCAGUCUCUCUCCUGACCAACGUUUGAUCCAAGCUCAAGGCACCGUCUCGCUGUUUCUAUUUGCUUGAAUCUGUGUAGGAUUUCGGUGGCCAUGAUUUCUGUUUCCUUCAUGUCCAAAGUAAUAACUGAUAAAGCAUUUAUAAACCUUAGAGCUAGAAAGCAUCUAUGUAUAGUAAGGCUGUAUCUGUAAAUGUGUGAGAAUGGAAGAGUGAGACAUAAUAAUCACUGCUUCUAGAAACGGAUAAGGAAGGGAGAAUUAAUAAUAAUAAUAAAGUUAUUUAUGUACCGUCUUCCCAAAAAGAUCAAAGCGGUUUACAAAAUUACAUAAAAAUGCAAAUAAGUAAAACAGCUAAACAAAAUAUAAUAUAUACAACUAAAAUCCCAUCCUUCAUCCCUUAAUUAAAAUAUAAUCAUCAUUAAACAUUAAAUACUAAGAAUAAGAAUAUAAAGGCCAGAGGUGCUUUCCUCUCUCUUGCCACGAAUGGAUGGAGUGCAUGGCUUUUGUGCAUUAUGCGCACCAGGAUAUCCGGGCUGUUAUUCAGUAGAAACCAUAGGAAAUAGCCAUUGCAGUAAAUACAUAAGGAUAUAAUAAGAGUAAACUAGUACUAUCACAGAUAAUUGAAGGAUUAAGGCAUGGUUUAUGGAAUGAAGAUAAUCAUGAGAGCUUACAAAAUGUAUUGACCCCGUUUAUCUAAUUGAAGAUAACUGUUUGUAUGUAAUUUGGAAACAAAGGAAAAAAUAAACCAAUAAAGUUUUAUUUUUUUUAAAAACCCCAAAACCAAACUCCAGUUCCCAGAAUUCCAUAGUCUUGAGCCUAGGCCUGAAUGCUUCCUUCCUGCAACACCCCGGAAGCUCCUUAUGUUGUGUCACUCUCCCUUUUUCCUAUCUCUCCGGCUGACUCUGGGCGCAUGCGCAGUACAGUCCCGUGGUCAUAAUAGAAGAGAACGCGCUCCCUGCGCAUGCGCCGUAGCGCGCCAGGCCGCCAUUUUCCCUCCUCCUCUCCCUCCGAGGAUGGAGUCCGGCGGGGGCCGCCGCGAGAAGCUCCCUCCUCCGCUGCCUCCUCCUCCUCCGUCGAAGGGCAAGGAGGGCUCCGGGAGCAACAGCGCCAGCCGCCUCGAAAAGGCCCGACAGCGCGCGGCCCAGCAAGAGCUCAAGCAGCGGCAGAGGGCCGAGAUCUAUGCGCUGAACCGGGUGAUGACUGAGCUGGAGCAGCAGCAGUUUGAUGCCUUCUGCAAGCAGAUGCAGGCUUCUGGCGAGUGAGGAAGAGGAAGAGAGGGGUCCUGUCCUCAGCCUCCGUCUCCCUCCAUCCCUGAUUUGGUCCGUCAUCCUCCAUUCAUCCCUGCAGAGUUACAAAGUCUGGCGUUCCCCGGAGGGAUGUCCUGCUUGGGAGAAGAGGACCACAACCACAAUGCGCAUCAUGCGUCACCGUGGCCUCUGGCCCCGAAGACACACCACUCCAAGGAGACAGACAUAUGGCUGACGUUUUAACACCGACGCUGUUUUCUGCCCCAUAAAGGUGGCACACGGUCUGUGUUUUUGUCUCUGCAGCCGAAGUGGGCAGCGCUUUUAGGGUGAAAGAGACCCUGCCCUGUGCCAGCAGGGCAGUCUUCUGUGUCUUCAGCACCCCAUUCCACUUGGAGUGGGGAACAAAAGCCCCUCGAGAAGCCAAGGACGGGCUUCAUUGUGGUGCCUGGAAGCGGUUGAAGCGCACUACACAACUGGACAGCCACUGCUGUGGGUCUCACCAGUCUGGGGCAAUGGGCUGUGAACGCAUGCUCCUUCCAGAUGCAUGGCUUCAAAUGCUAUGCCUUCCCAGCAGAGGAGCACUCUAUCUUCCUUGAAACCUUGCACUGUUUAAUACUAACGACGCCUGGAUCAAGCCCCUUUGCAGGCCCUGGAUCUGCACUUGCCAACGAACACAGAACCCUCACAGUCCGGACGCUCCGUUGGCUGUGUUCGUUUUCAUUUCUUAACAAGCAGCGGUCAUGAAAUAAUACCUUUCUCUAUGUUUUUGUUCUGCUUAUCGUUCAAUAGGGUUCAAUAGGGAGGCGCAGGUUGCAACGUGCGUUGCGUCUUCUUACACAAAACGAGAAAUAAAAUGUUAAGGCAGGCAUGAAAA